AUGACAGAGGCACAAACAACAGAUCAAUGGUGGGCAGCAUUCCCUGCACCUCGAGCGAAAUGCGCGGAAGUCAGUGCAGAUGAGGUUAUGAAGAUGUUUGAUGAUAUGGAUAUCAAACCAGAACCUGCAGAAUUUCUACUUGUAGAUGUGAGAAGGACUGAUUGGGAGGGCGGAACCAUCAAGACUUCUCUUAAUCUCCCAGCCCAGAGUUUCUACCAGACUCGCAAGACAUUGCUGGAUCUUUGUGAUAGGGCGGGGAUCAAGCAGUUGAUUUUCUACUGUGGCUCUUCAAAUGGACGAGGUCCUCGUUGUGCCAAUUGGAUGCAAGACUACAUCGAUGACAUCUCCAAAUUCGGUCGCAAGACACCUCUCAAAGUUUUGGUCCUGAAGGGUGGAAUCAAAGGUUGGGUUAAAGACUUCGAGGGCUCAAUGAUGGAUGGAUAUGAAGAAAAAUAUUGGGAGCAGUUCAAGUAG